AUGGCUGACCCAGUGACCUCGCUUUCGUCGUCGGAGCAGAUGCAGAUGCAGCGCAUCAUUGAGCAGAAGCAGAUGAAGGACUUUAUGAACCUGUACUCGGGCCUCGUCCAGCGCUGCUUCGACGGAUGCAUUCACGACUUUACCUCGCGUGCGCUCACGACCAAGGAGACCACGUGUGUCGCGAACUGCACCCAAAAGUUCCUCAAGCACUCGGAACGCGUUGGUGCGCGAUUCGCCGAGGAAAAUGCGCGUCUCAUGGGCCAGCAACCGCAGUAG